AUGUAUUCCCCACUCGACGCCACCCGGAAAGAGAUACGCAUACUCCAUGUCCACCCAGGUGCCUGGAACGACGACGUCAAAUGCCAUCUGGAAACAGUCUCACUCAACGACAACCCAAAGUUUUAUGCCAUCUCAUAUGUCUGGGGUGAUCCAAAUAUUACAUUGCCGAUCACUAUUGAUGGCAAACCGCUGCCCGUUACACGAAACUUAUGCAACGGGCUUCAACGACUACGAAAGACAGAUGAAACUUUGAUGAUCUACGCUGAUGCAGCGUGCAUCAACCAGUCGGAUGUAAAUGAGCGAUCUGAACAGGUUCAACUCAUGGGCGAGAUAUAUACCUCUGCCCAGGAAGUCUUCAUCUGGCUGGGUUACGGACGUGAAUCGCAAGCUCCUGUAGCACGACCAGAUAUCAUCCACUGGUUCAAAGAUGGCACAGACAUGAAAGUUUUAGAAUCUUACUUCGAGAAAGAUGACCUAGAACACCAGCCAGAUGAAGAGACAGAAGACGCACUCGGACUCUUCGUCUAUCUGGGGGCCCGUGCUAUGGAUAUACAUCUAUCCGAAGUGCCGUUCUUUGACGUGAAAGAGCGCAAAUUGAUUCCCAAGCACAAAUGGCCGGCGGUUAUUCGAGCUGGGAACACGUUACUCUCUAACCCUUGGUGGACAAGGAUCUGGGUCGUUCAAGAGACAGUUCUUGCUCGUGAGGCCACUGUGGUUUACUGCAACAUCACUGUCCCGUGGAAGGUAGUUACAGAUGCAGUUGAACUGUCAGAUCGUCAUGACAAACACUGCUGUGAGGAGCUGAAGUCAUCGCUACCAUACAGUGACGUCGAGAUCAUAGAUCAGUUGUUAUCCAAUAUGCACAGCGGUGCAGGAAUGAUGAAGGAGAUGAAAAAUCGAGGCCGGAAAUUGAGCUUGCGUCAGAUCAUGCGUCAAACACAUCUGCGCGAUGCGGUGGAUAUUCGGGACAAGGUCUUUGGGAUACUCGGGCUAGUAGAUGAUUGGCGAGGCGCAUCUCCCAUAGCCCCUGACUACAACAUGUCGCCGAAAGAAGUAUUCAUGCAAGCAAUCCUCCAUGACAUUGAGACUGGCGGCUCAUUGGGAUUUCUGAUGGGCACCACCAUAUCCGGAAUACCAGGAGUACCCUCCUGGGUUACUGAGAGAAGCGUAAGGACCCCGGAUCACACUCAGGCUGCAAGAGUUAGAGACGGUUGCUCCUUACUGUUCUCCGCAGACGGUCGCUGCGGGGUCAACGUCGAAAGGCGAGACGAUAUUCUCAUGGUUGACGGCUUUGAACCAAAGCUUAGAAUUUCCCAAGUCAGUCCGAUUCUUUCCAGUCCUGAUACUAGUCCGAAGGCCUAUGUCGAGCAUGUCAAGAUAUGUUAUCGUAUGGUUGGGCUUGGAGAGGAAAUACACCUUCCCCAUUCACGGAGACAAACACAAGAAGAGUGGUUCUUGAGAACAAUGGCUCAGGAUUGUUGGAUGUGGUCAUCUUUUACAAGGGAUAUUUGGCAUCGGCCUCAGCACUCAGGAAACAUCUUCAAGAGGCUCGGAGACAUAGAUGUGACUUGUCUCAGUAGAGCGUUUUGGAGCUGGCUUAAAGCUCGAGCGGAGAACAAAGAGAUCAGGAAUACGCAGUAUGAGAGCGACGAUGGUCGUAUCCGUGGCUUUCUCCGAUCUUGUGAUAUGAAUAGCGCUUAUCGAAGAUUCUUCAUCACAGAGGACGGCCGCAUGGGGCUAGGGCCGCCGGAAAUGCUUCCUGAUGACUCGAUCGCUAUAUUGCUGGGAUCGAACGUACCACUCUGCCUGCGGCCGGUUCUGAAUGCGUCCCAAGGCCACUACACACUCGUUGGAGAUACAUAUGUGCAUGGCUUGAUGGAUGGAGAAGGCGUUCCACCAAAUUGGGAAGACCAUGUCGUUAAGAUUCACCUCCAUUGA